CACAAGUAGAUUCGAAUUUCAAAAAAACAUCCCGAAAACCAACGGCCGCCCAUUCCUUUGAAUCUCCUUUGCAUCGCAGCCGUCCAUUUCUCCUGGCACAUCCCAAUCAACGGUCCUCCUUCUCCCUCUCCACGCUCCGGAGAACGGAAUAAGAAAGUGAACUCGCAGGACGAAGACUCAGAUCACCAUAGCCAUCGACUGAGAGAUAGAGAGAGACUAGAGAGAGAAAGAGAGAUGGAGAAACCUGUGACCACGGCGUCAGUGAUGGAGUUGUUCGAGAAGCUGGAGAAGGUCGGCGAAGGGACGUACGGCAAGGUGUACAGAGCGAGGGAGAGAGCGACAGGGAAGAUCGUUGCUCUGAAGAAGACCCGACUCCAUGAGGACGACGAAGGAGUUCCUGCGACUACUCUUCGCGAGGUCUCCAUCUUGCGAAUGCUCUCCAGGGAUCCUCACGUUGUGAGAUUGUUGGACGUUAAACAAGGGCUGAGCAAAGAAGGGAAAACAGUUCUGUACCUGGUGUUUGAGUACAUGGAGACUGAUCUGAAGAAAUACAUCAGGAGCUUCCGCCAAACUAAAGGCACCAUUCCUACGGACAUUGUUAAGAGCUUGAUGUAUCAAUUGUGUAAGGGUGUCGCAUUCUGUCACGGGCAUGGGAUCUUGCACAGGGACCUCAAGCCCCACAAUCUGUUGAUGGACAAAAAGACAAUGAUGCUUAAGAUUGCAGAUCUUGGACUCGCUCGUGCAUUUACUCUCCCUAUCAAGAAGUACACACAUGAAAUCCUGACUCUCUGGUAUAGAGCUCCUGAAGUCCUCUUAGGAGAUACCCACUACUCGGUUGCUGUCGACAUAUGGUCUGUUGGCUGCAUAUUUGCUGAAUUAGUGAACCUGCAAGCUAUUUUCCAAGGAGAUUCAGAGCUGCAGCAGCUUCUGCAUAUUUUCAGACAGUUGGGUACACCAAAUGAAGAGAUAUGGCCUGGAGUCAGCAAACUUGUGAACUGGCACGAGUAUCCCCAAUGGAGUCCCCAGAGUUUGUCAACUGCUGUCCCUACUCUGGACAAGGACGGGCUCGAUCUCCUCGAGCAAAUGUUGAAGUAUGACCCGGCAAAGCGUAUAUCAGCAAAGAACGCCAUGGAACAUCCGUACUUUGAUGAUGUAGUGAAGGACGCUCUGUGAGAAGAUAAAUUAUUAGCUGGAGAGAAGAUUCCCAAGUGCUACAACAAUCAAUCCAAGCGAGGCCAAGUUUUUAAGAUCACCUUCUGUCAUGCAAGCUGAAUGACGAGGAUGAUGAUUUGUUCACUCCAAUGACAGUAGGAUAAAAAAGCUCUCUACUUUGUGCUUCUCUCAAGCAAAAUGUAACAAUUCUAUGAUGUUCUGCAAUAUUAAGAUAUCAUUAUGCCAAUAGGCGGUACUGAUGUGUUAGGCUUUGGCGGAUAGCUUGAUGGUUCUCUCGACUUGUUUGCUUGAACAACCUCUUAACUAUUACUAAGGAACUUUUUUCUUUUUAUAUUUUAUUCAUUAAAUAAUUAUUAAGCAUAAUAAAAAAAUAAUAUAAAUCACCAUAAUUUUUUACAUUAACC